AUGACUUUAGUUGCUAGAGGUGCUACUAGAGUUAGCAUUAGAGCUCGCAUUCCACAUUGUAAGAAAUUGGUACCUGGAGUAGGAUACUAUAGAUUAUUCCAUGAAUCUCCAAACAAGCUGAAUGGUACAUUCGGAGUUAAUAUUCCACACGAACAGGCUGGUAGAAGUAGCAGUUCAACUACGUCUGGCAUUGCUAAGGUCGGUAUUGACCAUGAGAAUUUUAAGAUCCCAGACAGUACUACCUACUUGAAGGAUUUUAAAGUUAGUGAGUUAUUGUCGUAUGUAGUUAUUGGAGCUGCAACAUUGAACAAACCGAUUUUGAAUAUGUGUAUUAAAAUGUUUCCAUAUGUACCUAUGUCGGUUAUAAAGGCAUUUGUAUACAAAUUAUACUGUGGUGGUGAGAAUAUUGAAGAGGUGAAACAGACAGGGUUGCGGUUAAGCAAAAGGGGCAUCAAUAAUAUGAUGCUUUCAUUAACUAUUGAAGCAUGUAACGGGAAUGAUAACAUAGAUCCCGAGUUUAUAGUCAGCGAAACGCAACGUUCGGUCACCGAGAUCUUAAUUCCGCACAUAUUGACCAUUAUCAAGGAGUCCGGGAAGGAUAUUAAUUCUAUCCCUCCAGGAUAUGUUGCAUUGAAGCCAACUGGGUUCGCUAAAGAUGCAUCAAAUGUCUUAAAAUACUAUAAAACUGAUCCUCAUUAUGCUGCCAUGUUCGAAGAAUUGGUUGAUAAGGCUUCCAAUGUAUGCGGAACAAUUUACGAAGAAAACCUAAAAUUAUCGCAAAAAUUUCCUGAUAGGACUGCACCAUUCAUUGUAGGUGUUAUUGAUGCCGAGAAGCACGAAUUACAGGAAGGUGUCUAUGAAUUACAAAGAAGAUUAUAUGCGAAAUAUAAUCCACUCAAUAAGCCUGUUUCUAUAGUUGGUACGUUGCAGAUGUAUUUGGCUGGUUCGUCUGAUUUGUUGGCUUUAGAAGAAAAGUUGGCGAUGGAAAACAAUUAUAGAUUAGGUUUAAAAUUGGUCAGAGGUGCCUAUAUUCAUUCAGAGAAGAAUAGAGAAGUCAUCCAUAAAACAAAAGAAUGUACAGACCUGAACUAUAAUCAAGGUAUUACUUAUUGCAUUGAAUCUAUUUUGGCCAAUAAGGAGAAUGAAUUAACAAUUGGUCAUUUGGUUGUAGCUUCUCAUAAUGCCGAUUCCUUAAAAUUGACUACUGAAAAAUUGAAAAAAUCUACCCUGGUGAAUAAUAAAAACAAAAAUAAUGUUAUUUUAGGCCAAUUAUUAGGUAUGGCUGAUAAUAUUACUCAUAAUUUGAUCAAAACUCAUAAUGUUGAUAACGUCAUUAAAUAUGUUGCUUGGGGCCCUCCAUUAGAAACCAAAGAAUACUUACUUAGACGUUUAGAAGAAAAUGGUGAUGCCGUUAGAGCUGACAGUGGAUUUAAUUUAAUCAAAGGUGUUAUAGGCGUAUUGUUUAAGCGGUUAUUCCGCGUGGUCUAA